AUGGCGGGGGUGGAAAGUCAAGCAUUUGAGGCCAGGUCGAUGGAAAGCCAGGAAGAAAUGGCUCAAGAUUCUUGGACCAGCCCCAUUAAGCCGAGAAUACAGCCCCUAACGUUCUCCUUCUCCGAAGCUGAGUUGGCAUCAGAUGAUGAAAGCUCAGGCUACGAUGGCGCGGAGAAUGGAGCAGCUGUCCAACAGUUUGGUGUACUUGAAGACGAUGACCAUUCCGACUCGGAAGAAGAGGAAACUGACAUUACUCAAAGGAUCAGGAAGCUGCAAAAGCAGCUGGAGGAGGGAAGCUCGGAGUCAGAAUCAGAGUCGACUUCUGAAGGGGUCAUGGAGGAAGGGGCAGCGCGUGUUUGGGGGAUAGACGCCCCAGCAACGCCCGCUCUUUCUAAUGAACUGGGAUGGGCGAAGUCUGAGGGGAUAGCUGUCAAUUUGGUGAGAAGCGAUAGUGACAAUGAGGCAAGUGGGAGUGAGGGAGCGGCAAAUGAUGACGAGGACCUGAGAAAUGUGUGGCAGGGCCUUGGAGGGGAUCUGGUGCAGAGGGAGCAGAGGAGAAAGGAGCUCAUGCAGUUCUUAGACACGGUGUUGCACAGUGAUGGGCCCGACAACGAGAAAGUGGUUGACGUCCCAUCCAAUUUCCAGGCCCUAGUGGACGGCCUAGCAAAGCAACGCAAGUCAGAAACCCCGCUUGCUUGGACGGCCGCUCGCAUGGUAGGCACCCCAGAGGGGCUCCAGUGGGUACGCCCUGACUCAUCCGACUCAGGCCUUGUUUCUGUAAGCGGCGACGCUUCUGAGACCCUCUCUGACAGCGCCAGCGUUGGCACAAGGCCUCUGUCGGUGAACCAGGACCCGAAGCUCCAGAAGGGCUUUGAGAGGAUCGAGCAACUAGAUCGGGUGCUCGAGGAGAAGCAGGCGCUGGCAGAAGAGACGGCGCGCCAGGUCUAUCCGGAACGAUAUGCAGCCCAGGAGCAGAAAGUCCGGUCACUGGUAGCUGUCAAGCUGGCAAAACGGAGGCGGCGGCGCCAGGCAAAGCUGCGGCGGGCAAUGAUGGCGACUGGGGUGGGGUCGAAGAGGGUGUCUGCGGGAGACUAUGUGGCGCGGAAUAUGGUGCUUGGGCCGAAUGCCCGGUACUUCACACUUCUUCCGGAGGAGGAAAAGCUGGUGGAUGAGCUGCUGGCACAAAGCGAGGGGGAGAUGGGCGACGAAGAUGCGAGCUAUACGACGUACACAAGCACGGGCUUUGACGUGGAAGGAGACGAAGCGAUGCAACUCGCUACAGUCAACGCCAAGCUCAGCGCUCUCCGCGGGCAGGCCGGGUACUUUGACAGCGACAGCUUCUCAAUGGACAACGGCUCGUCUUUUCUGGAUUACUCUGGCUUUGGCUCAAUGUCCCGGGCUUUACCUCAGGAGUUGGGCCCCGGGUCUCGCAACGAUUCCGCGUCGGUUCGCACUGUUGAAAGCUCUAAAAAGACCUCAAACUCGACGCCAAGAAAUGGAGAGGGGGAGCGCCCGACAACGCAGCGGUCCGGAGUGGGCAGCGAAACGAGCAAAGCGUCCCGGCAGGGCGGCAAGCAGCUGAGCUCGCAGAAACGGCGGGCGAGCUCGAGCAGCGCCAAGUCGGUCGCAGCCCCGCCCAAGUUCCGAAAAUCGAAUGAGUCGGACGGACAUUCUGAGCCCGCGUCUUUCGAUGCGAAAGGAGAGCAGCUGCGGGGGAGCACAUCUGCGGGCUCAGAGGCGAGCAGGGGGGCCGCAGGGGCAUACACGCAACGGGAAGAGGGCGCCAAGAAAGCGACCCCGGCGGAUGACUACCUGAGGGAGCAACGAGAGAGGCGGGAGGCUGCAGCGAAGCAGGAGGAGAUCGACCGAAAGAUCCGGGUGUUGCGCACGGCGGAGAUUCCGGCCACGUUGGGCGCGGAAGAGCUGGCGGAACUGUUGGAGCAGUGCCGGCAGGAGCAGGCGGCGCUCGAGCACCGGGACGAGACCAUGCGACGGAUCGCGACGCCAGCGCUAUCGGACGCGCCGCCGUCCGGUGCAUCGGACGCGUCCGGACGUUCGAGCGGCAGGGGCAGCAACCCGGGUUCAGCAAAACCGAGUAGGAAGACUCCGGAAAAGCUGGCUGAUGGGGAGAAGCGGAUUAGCCAGGAAACAAGAAGUGCAGGAAGAAUGGGGUCGGAUGGGGCGGCUGCCGCAGCCCAGGCAGGGGUCGCAGCAGAGAGCGCUAGGGCAGUUUCCAUAGGAGAUGGCCUGACCGAGGCCAGAUUAGCUGAUACAAAUAAGCCCGUGAGUUCCAUCGUUGGGCUGCCGCCCGCUAAGGGGGCGGCGGUUGUGCACGAUACGAAGAGGGUCGAGAGGAGACCAAAGUCAGCAGACGCACUUCUUACUUUGCCAGCUCUCUGA